AUGUAUACUUUCUCGGUUACAUCGUCUUUUAGAAAGGAAGAAGAAAGUUCUUCUCCUCCUUCAUCAUAUACAUCAUCUCCAUAUAAUUAUACAACUUCUCCAUAUAAUUAUACAACUUCUUCAAAUACUUUUAAAACUUCAACUACUCCUCCUUCAUAUUCUUUCACAACUUCAACUUCUCCUCCUUCAUAUUCUUACACAACUUCAACUUCUUCUUCUUCUCCUUCUUAUACAAAAACAACUUCAACAACUUCUUCUCCUUCAUAUACGUACACAGCUUCAACUUCUUCUUCUCCUUCAUAUACGUACACAGCUUCAACUUCUUCUUCUCCUUCAUAUACAUACACAGCUUCAACUUCUUCUUCUCCUUCAUAUACUUACACUUCAACUUCUCCUCCUUCAUAUACUUACACAACUUCAAAUAUUUCAACUUCUUCUCCUUCAUUUACUUACACAACUUCAAAUAUUUCAACUUCUUCUCCUUCAUUUACUUACACAACUUCUCCUCCACAUUCUUACAAAACUACCCCAACCUCAUAUAAUUAUUCAACUACUUCAAUAAAUUCUCCUUCAACGGCUCUUUCGACUGAUGAUCUUUCUUUUGAUAAUGAUGAUUCUCCUUAUCAAUUUACUGUAACUUCCGAUUAUCUCAAAAAUUUAUCUCUCGAAGAUGAUGACGAUGAUACAAAUAUCUCGACCAAAUCGACUUCUAUUGCUUCAUAUAGUUUUGAUAACGAGACAUGCUCUUCUUCGCUAAAGAAAAAAAAAGAAAAGGAAUGUAUGAUUUGUGUAGAAUCUCGCAGUGUAAAACUUUUUCCAAAGGUCACAAAAUAUUGUUCACAUCCCAAUGAUAUUUGUAAGGUUUGUGUUUCUAAACAUAUAGAAACCCAGCUAAAUUCAAAGGGUGACAUUGAGGGUAUACUUUGUCCUUUUGGUGAUAGUUGUGGUCUUUUGAUUGAAUACAAUGAUGUUCAAAGAAUUGUAAAUUCUAGUCUAUUUGAUCAGUAUGAUAGUUUGUCAUUGAAACAAGCGUUGAGAAGUAUGCCGGAUUUCAGGUGGUGUAAGAAUGCCGGUUGUGGUUCUGGUCAAAUUCACUCCGGAGGUGAUAAAGAACCUAUAAUGACAUGCGAAGCAUGUGGGGAAAAAUCUUGUUACACGCACGACAUUCCAUGGCAUGAUACUCUCUCUUGUGAGGAAUACAAUGAAGCAAAACAAGGUGAAGACAUGGCUACUCAAGAUCUACUUAAUCGCGAAACCAAACAAUGUCCCAAAUGUGGAGUAAGAAUCACUAAAAAUGGUGGCUGUAAUCAUAUGACUUGUAGAGUUCAAAAUUGUAAAUACGAGUUUUGUUGGUUGUAA